AUGUACUCAUGCGCGUCCUUUUAACUCAUAUAUGCGCAAAGUUAAAGAUAGUUUUAGAUAGUUUCUUUGCAUCGGUUAAAUAGUUGCAUUUGCGUGCGUCGUUUAGCACACAACACAGACUUAAAUAACGUAUACUGUGAAACUGUAGGCUAAAAAAAAGCUGCUGUGUAAUUUUCAUUCUAACCGCGUGGGAAUCUGUUACUAGCUCUUCUGUGCUAGCUGAGGUGUAACGUUAAGUGGAAACACAUCUGACACGAGGAGAUAGAAAAUGCCACCAAAAGGAAAGGGUGGCAAAGGCGCUAAAGGGGCUGCUGCUUCAGGCAGUGGGGACAGUGAUAAGAAGGAGAAGGCUCAGAAAGGUGGUACAGCUGUAAAGUUUAAAGCUUUGAUUUGCAUACAGGGUGACCUUGGCUGGAUGACAAGAGGAUCAAUGGUGGGACCAUUUCAGGAUGCAGCAUUUGCACUACCCAUCAGCACUAUGGACAAACCUGUAUACACCGAUCCUCCUGUGAAAACGAAGUUUGGUUACCACAUCAUCAUGGUUGAAGGCAAAAAGUAAAUGGACUGAACAGCUUUUGCAUUUGAUUAAUCUACAACACAGCAUUUUGCAGUCAUGGAAUAUUUGAUUUUUUUUAAUAUGACCAUGUGAAUAGCAGCCAAUAAAAUUGAUCUUAAUGAGCAAACUGUUUUGAUUAAUGUUUUUUUCCCCCACAAAUUUUGUUGUAGCAUCAUAUUUCCAAUAAGUCUUACUGAUGCUGUACUGCAUAAGUAUAUUUUUUU